UCUAAUAAGAGCCCAAGUCGAAGCCCAAUUCUCUAGUCACACGCCCAUCUCUCUCUCUUCGAAUCGCAAAAUCAAUUGCCAUUUCGGCUUCUUCUUCGGCGACGAUUUCAGAUUCUUCAUCGGCGAUUGCUUUUCCUUCGACGGCGAUUUCUACAACGCGAAGAAGACAACACUUCCCACCGGCGACUUGCGAACUCACGUCGGUGGCGGCGACGGGGAAAGAUAUGGAACUGAAAAAUUUAGUUGCUCAAGAUUAUAUCAUUUUGUUUGGUUGGUUUGUUGCUGGGAUAUUGCAGACCAAAAACAGAUUGUGAAAAAAGAGGGAGGAAUCUCAAUUUCUCUCACAUUCAUCUAGGCGACCCGUGGAGCUAAAAAGAGAAGCCCCUCUUUGGCGGUAGUGAAAAUGGAUGCUUCUUAAGGUAGGAAAUGGCUGCAAUGCGAAGUGAAAUCUCUUGCCGCCAUUAGAAUGUGAUGGUGUCGAAUAUGUUAAAACCACACAAAGUUUUUGACGACGUUGUCGAUAGAUUAGCUUGGUGUUUAACAACCAAAAAGAUCAACUUCUCCAAAAUUGUCUCCAAGAAGCACUACCUUUUUUCUUCCUUUCUUAGUUUCUCUACUUCUCCACCUUCCAAGUGUUCGGUUUUUCAACUGCUCGAAAAUGUAACCACAUCCAUUUCAUUUCUACAAUCAUGUGCUGACCACAAGAAUCUCAACAGAGGAAAACAGCUUCACUCCCUCAUGAUCACCUAUGGUUUUUCUCAUUCACCUUCAUCCAUCACUAGCUUAAUCAACAUGUACUCCAAAUGUGGUCAAAUGGAGGAGGCCAUUUUGGUUUUCCAUGAUCCAUGUCACGAGCGUAAUGUGUUUGCAUAUAAUGCUUUGAUUUCUGGGUUUGUCGCAAACGGACUUGCUUCAAAUGGGCUUCAAUUUUAUAAGCAAAUGAGGUUAGAGGGUGUAAUGCCUGAUAAAUACACUUUUCCGUGCGUAGUUAGAUCUUGUUGUGAGGCUAUGGAGGUGAAGAAAAUUCAUGGAUGUUUAUUUAAAAUGGGGUUGGAAUUGGAUAUGUUUGUUGGUAGUGCUUUAGUAAAUACUUACUUAAAGAUUGGCUUAAUGGAGAAUGCACAAAAAGUAUUUGAAGAACUUUCAAUAAGAGAUGUUGUGCUUUGGAAUGCACUGAUCAAUGGGUAUGCCCAGAUUGGUUGCCUUGAUGAGGCAUUGGAAGUUUUCAGAAGAAUGAGUAUAGAAGGGAUUUUACCUAGUAGGUUUACAGUUACUGGCAUUUUAUCUAUUUUUGCUUUAAGGGGAGAUUUAAACAAUGGGAGAACAGUUCAUGCAAUUGUGACAAAAAUGGGUUAUAAUUUGGGAGUUGCAGUUUUGAACGCGCUAAUUGAUAUGUAUGGGAAAUGCAAGCAUAUCAGAGAUGCUCUAAUGAUUUUCAAGAUGAUUGAUGAGAAGGACAUAUUCUCAUGGAAUUCGAUUAUAUCGGUUCAUGAACAAUAUGGUGAUCACGAUGGUACCUUGAGGCUUUUUGAUAAGAUGUUAGGGUCCGGGAUUCUACCUGAUUUAGUAACCGUCACAACUGUGCUUCCAGCUUGCUCUCAUUUGGCUGCGCUCAUGCAUGGUAGAGAAAUCCAUGGAUAUAUGAUUGUUAAUGGAUUUGGAAAGGAUGGAGGUGUAGAUGAUUUGCUUGUAAAUAAUGCUGUUAUGGAUAUGUAUGCAAAAUGUGGAAGUAUGAAAAAUGCCCUCAUGGUUUUUGAUCUAAUGAGCAAUAAGGAUGUGGCAUCAUGGAACAUUGUGAUUAUGGGUUAUGGCAUGCAUGGAUAUGGCAUGGAGGCAUUGGAUAUAUUUUCUUGCAUGUGCGAGGCCCGAAUUAAGCCAGAUGAAGUUACGUUUGUUGGAGUUUUAUCGGCAUGCAAUCAUGCAGGUUUCGUGAGUCAAGGGCGUUUGUUUUUAGCUCAAAUGGAGUCUGAAUUCGGUGUUAUUCCAACUAUUGAGCAUUAUACGUGUGUAAUUGAUAUGCUCGGUCGAGCUGGGCAUCUGAAGGACGCUUAUGAGUUGGCCCAAAAAAUGCCUAUUCAAGCCAAUCCCAUUGUGUGGAGGGCUCUAUUAGGAGCAUGUCGACUUCAUGGGAAUGCAGAGUUGGCUGAAGUUGCUGCACGAAAAGUAAUGCAACUUGAACCAGAGCAUUGUGGGAGUUAUGUAUUGAUGUCUAACGUUUAUGGUGUUGUAGGUCGAUACGGAGAGGUCUUAGAGGUUAGAAAAACAAUGAAGGAACAAAAUGUUAAGAAGACACCAGGUUGUAGUUGGAUUGAACUCAAGGAUGGGGUGCAUGUUUUUCUUACUGGAGAUCGGACACAUUCAGAAUUGAAUGCAUUGGCAAAUCAACUUUGUGAUAUUGGAUACAUUUUAGAUGAAGUUUUGAAUUUAUAUUGAGAUAUGGUAGUAUAGUAUAGGCAAUUGCAAUGACCUUUUCUUUUCUUUUAGAGAGAGAUCGAUGAGCGGUAAGACAUGUACAUUGACGAGUUUACUACUGUAACGUGAAUCGUUGAUUAAUGAUUGUGUCAAAUAAAUAUCCUUGAUUGUCCACCUAUUUGGAAAUAAAACAAAGCCUCUAUUCCUCUCUUGUUAGGGGUUCAAA